CCAUCCACACUUCAUCAUGGACGGCCAAGAGAUCCCGGGCUUCUACUGGGACCCCGACAAGAAGAAAUACUUCGCAAUCCUUGCAACGCACAAAGGCCCACGGCCUGAGUCGCAAUACUCCAAGGACAACAUCGAAAAUGUCACCAAAAAGUCAAAAAUCCAAAUACGACGUGAGGAUUGGGAAAAGAGAAUGAAAACAGAGCGCGUUGAACGAUCCAAAACACAUCAGUCUCCCCUCAACGCUGUCUGCUUGAAGCGAGAACUUGGGCUUCAACGACCUCUCGUGCGACACAAGGACCCAGAAGCCGAUGCUUUUGUUGGAGGCCUUGAGGCUACCGUACUCGGGCUUCCUUCCCAUAGCACGAGCAGGAUCCUCUUCUUCGACGUGGAUCCUAUCACGAAAACAGUUUAUACGGCCAAAGCCGACCGAACUAUCGAGUGUUUCGGUCUGAAAUCCGAGUCGGCACCCAAUACGAACCAUCCACGUUUUGCUCAAACAGCAAAAUUACCACAUGGCACAGAUUUGGGAACCUGGAUCUUGGCUGAUUUCGAGCGACUUGUUCACAGCUCUACGCAAAACACUACAGAACUUCCAGAUGUGGAGCAUCCUUACAGGCGAUACCAUAAGGGCCAUCGUCUCCACUGCCUUACAUCCGAAGUCUCGUCCAUGAGCAUCUGCCACCACGCUCGAACCCUCGUAACAACCUCUAUGGGAUCUGAUCGCAACGCCUGUAUUCAUCUCUCUUCCCUCGACCACGCUGUAGGAAUCUCCGAGACGUUUACCCCCAGAGAAUCCCGAACUAUCUGGACAGCCGCCCCAUCGCCGUCAUCCUCCGACAACCAUCCACCGAUCGUCGCCGUCGCCGAGUCAAACGCAGUUCGAAUAUUGACACUGUCGCCAGCCGGCGGAUGGCAAUCCUCUCUCGGCUUUGAAACCUCUACCGACGCCCGUGCGCUUGCGUGGCUUUCACCUACAACGCUUGCCGUGGGUCUCCGUGACGGCACCGUUCACCUGUAUGAUCCUCGCAGCGGACGUACCGGCCUAUGCCUGAAUCACCCACGCAGUAUCCAGAACUUGCGCCGCGCGGAUGACCCCACGCGCAUUGUUGUUUCAGGCGGCCAAUUGCUUCUCUAUGACCUCCGUAUGACGAUGGGGCGUGCUGAUAUUAGGACAAGGAGGAAGAGGAAGCGACAGAAUAGGGGCCUUUACACUGUGCGUGUACCAUCUGUGCCCGUACUCAAAUUCGACCAUAGCUUUCCGCCGACCGACAGGCAGGCUUUAGACGUACACAGCGAGCUCGGUCUUGUGGCUGCUGGGCGAGACGAUGCAUCCAUAUGUCUUUAUUCUCUCAAAACAGGCGACUUGAUCAAGUCUUUUACUCCUGCUCGCACGGAUUUCCACCACGAUAGCUUCCUACGCUUUAUGGACGAUGAGCGCGGCGUGCCAAAGAUCAUGUCUACAAGAGGGCAGGACAUCGUUGAGUUGGCUUGGUAAUGAUGUUGCCUGGGUACCACGAAAAAUUCGGAGGGCAUAUCACGGAGUCAUGGGGAUGGUGUGGACGAUACCCUGGGUAAUUAGAUUUGAUAACUGUGAGUCUGUAUACCUACUAAUUUGUACUGCUGGACUCCUUCGCAGUGCCGUGACAAGAGUUUGCGUACAUUUUGAAUGAUUUGUAAGCUCGCCAGGUCCUUUUUCGCGGCGCCAUCGCCGAUAAAGAGUAUUCCACACGAUGGGAGGCUAUGCUAGCUUUGAACGCGCAAUUGGCGCUACUGAGUCCCAUAUACCAAAACACCCCUUCCGCUAAAAACGAAAAACGGAUUUGUAGACGUAGUUGCGUAUUUGCAUUUCAGGGGAUUCGUUUGAGCUAAAUCACCGAAACCGUUAUUGAUC